AUCUCCUUGAGACGUGAAAUUCUACUGCCUUAAUCCCAAUUAUCCCAUGGUCGGGCGAUAUGGAUCAUUCUCAGGACCAAAAUGGAUCGCAAAAGAUUCAUUUAAGAAGGUCUAUAUUCUCCUUUGUUCAAUGUUCGUUAGUGCUGUUCGUCGUUUUGCACGAAGGAAGUGUGAAGGAACGGUGAAUACUGUUGGCUGUUAAACGUUUUGUUAGUGUUUAACUGUUGAACAAUUAGUUGGUGUUCCAGUUUGCAAAUUAUAUGAACAAUAAGCGGCAAUGAAACCGCGCUAUGUCAUGGAGCGAACAAGCGUACUGUAUGUUGCUGGCCGAUCUAAGCGAAAACUCUACGUCAAAAGCAGUAAAUCAAGCGCAAAACGAGCUAAGAGAAGACAAUGGAACAAAUAGAAUGUUUUUCGAGAGAUCGUCGAGAGGGUAAAGGCGUACCGGAGCCACCGUUUCAUUCAGUACACCGACAACCGUAGUGCCGGUGAGACGAGUAUCUCUAACCGUACGCGAACGACUUUCGUACAGAACGCGAGUGACUGUCGACGAACAACGAUCACCAGAGAACCAACGCGGCAUUCGAUAAAAAUUUGAAAUUAUCUAAGAAGAUCCCGGACGGUGUACGGUUAAUUUUUGGCUGUGCCAGCCGCAACAACUCCCUUCUCCGCGUACGGAAGCCCUAAUACACACCCCGUGCUGGGACAAGCUAUGAUAUCCUGAUCGAUCGGCAUCGUCGAAUCGCAGAAGAGUCGUUCCACGUCGAAGGUUCAGAUUGAAGCUUCUGUUGGAAGAACGGGACAGCCAUGUCUUUCUUAAAAUCCACAAGUGAUGUGAUAGGUUUCCUGCUCCUCGCGGCGGUCUCCAUCGUCGAGGGUAUCAUCAAAUUGUUGAUUCCCAUGAAAUACAAGAUGAAAAACGUCGACGGUGAGAUAGCCUUGGUGACCGGGGGUGGUGGUGGUCUGGGCAGGCUAAUUGCCCUUAGGCUGGCCAAUCUUGGGGCCAUCGUUGUGAUCUGGGACGUCAACAAAACUGGUACGGAUGAGACGGUGAAACUGGUACAAGCCGCAGGUGGCACCUGUUACGGUUACGUCUGCGAUCUAUGCGACCGGGAGGAUGUUUACAAGAAAGCGGCAUUGGUCAAGGAAGAGGUUGGACAGGUGACGAUUUUGAUCAACAAUGCCGGUGUGGUCAGUGGUACGAAAUUUUUGGACACACCGGACAAGCUGAUCAUUCGGACGAUGGAUGUGAACGUGAUGAGCCACUUUUGGACCGCGAAGGCGUUCUUACCGUCGAUGAUGGAGAACAACAAGGGUCACAUCGUGAGCAUCGCCAGUCUGGCCGGACACAUAGGCGUGCCGAAAUUAGUGGAUUAUUGUACGUCGAAAUUUGCGGCUAUCGGUUUCGAGGAAGCGCUUCACAUGGAGUUAGCGGCCGAGGGAUACAACAUUAACACGACAGUGAUAUGUCCGUUUUUCAUUCGCAGCACGGGUAUGUUUGAGGACGUUUCGCCUAGAUUCUUUCCGAGACUUAGUCCGAACGAAGUGGCGGAUCGAGUGGUGUCUGCUAUGAGGUGUAACGAGAAGAUUGCCGUUGUACCUGGUUACCUCUACCUUCUGCUCGUCGCAAAAUGGGCUUUCCCAUGGGCUUGCGCGGGGAUGUUUAUACGUGGUAUAAUCCCGAACGCUACCCAUACCGGAUGCACGUCGCCCACCUCUACCUCUAAUAAAGAAACUGUUCCUAGUGUAUUGUCUAAAGAGCAGAACAGUGCGAACAUUCAUCAGCAAUUAACCAGACGCGUGUCCAGUUCCGAGAGGAAGCCUUAAAUCGUUUUGUGAUCAACCCUUUUAAUAUCAUAUCUGACGUAUCUUUCGUUUUUAUCCGACUACGAAAAGAAGGAGGAUACUCAAUUCGAUGUGUAUAUUUUUUUUUCUUUUUUUUUUUCUCGAAUACAGAACAUGGUAAAAAAGAAAAAGAAAAUACAUAUCAUUUAGCGUAACGGCAAGAAAGGAACAAGUAGGGUACGUUGUUUACGCCCGUAUCGUGUUUUAAGUGUAGAGAAAUCGUUUUGUACGCGGUACACGCACGUUAGAAUUUACUGUAUGUACGUCAGAGAAAAAAGAAGACCUGUCCACGGACAGGUUAUUGCAUAAUAUUGGGACAUGUUUCGUAGAACGAGACAAGGAAAAAUGUAGCGUUGGUAAAGCGAUUGUCUUUAUCAGGGCUCCACUAUCCUGUUGGAGAGACAGCCUAAUAGAGAGACUCGUAUCUCGUAUCGAAAGAGAGUAAUGGUAAAAAAAUUAUAUUUUGGUGUUCUUUUGUUAACCUCGUUAGAACAGAUAAAAAAGGCAACAACAGACGCACAUAUACACAGUGACAUUAGUAGAAAGAGGAAGGUUUUAAAAGCAUAUGUAUAUCAAAAUCGUUGGAUCUUGUUGUUUAAAUGCAUUAUGUCUCCUGGAAGGCAUUGCACAAACUUUCAUCGUGUAUUUCGAUGUUUUUAUGUAAUAAUAAUGAUAUUUUAGAGUUACUUGUUGCUGGUGACAUUGCAAGUAAAAAAAACAACUGGUCCAAACUACAGAAGUACAAUUUAUACAAUCGGCAACUAUGUGAUCAGCACUAACGUAAGGAUAGCGUAAGGGUAGAGUAAGGAUUUUUCUAUUUGUAAUUUGUACUUUGUGGUUGUAAAGGAACAAAUGCGUGUAUAUUUAUCGAACCGUAUGUAGCAACUUAACGAAUCGUUGUGAAACGACUCGCCGAUGUCAAGCAGGAACAGAAGGAAAGAAAAAUAAAGUUUGUGUAAUUUUUAAA